AUGCAAUACUCAUUCGCCCUUGCCGCCCUCCUCUCGGCCACUGCCGUCGUCGCCCUUCCCCUCAACAUCAACCUCGGUGCCUACUCUCCAGCACUGGUAGUCGGUGAUGGUGAAAUCUCAUUCGGAGGAGGAGAAGCAGGAGCUGAAGCCCUAUUCAACACCCUUUCCGGUGCCAGCGCCUCAGGAUCCGGAGCCGCCGAAGGCCUCACACGAUCCGAAUCCGAGCCCGCCACCCCAGUUACCCCAACAAUCGUCACUCCAGCCGCCGAAGUUCCUAACGGCGCUGGCAUUGGACGGGCCGUCGAGCCUCGUGAGCCAGAGGUGGGUGCCGCCCCUGUUGAAGCCCCAGUCGAGAAGCGAGAUCUCGCUGGUUUUAAUGCGGCGCUGAGUUUUGCAACAGGCGCUUUAACUACCGGACCCGAAGUUCAACUUGGUACCGGUGAGGGAGGAUCGGGUGUUGGUAUCAUCGUCAACCCAAAGACUGGGGCUGCUGCCGCGGCACCAGCUGCUGCGCGCCCUGCCACGGAAUAG